UUAAAAAAAUGCUUUAUUUAUUUAUUUUUUGAGUAAGUGUUCUUUAGACUAUUAGGUGGGUGGCAAAUUCUCUACUUGCACCUUUCAUUUUAAAUAUAUUUGCAUUAGGAUGUUAAACUAAUAAAAAUAAAAUGGUUUUAUAUACACAUUCUCUAAGGCAGGGGUCUCAAACUCAAAUGACCAUGAGGGCCACAUGAGGACUAGUGCAUUGACCCGAGGGCUGCAUCACUGACACUCCCCCCUCUCUGCCCCCAGUCCUGCCCCCACUCCACUCCUUUCAUGAGGCCCCGCCCCUACCCCGUCUCUUGUCCACCUCCUCCCCUGAACGCGCGGCUCCCCGCUCCUCCCCACUCCCUCCUGUAAAGUGCUAAGCGCCACCAACAGCUGUUUGGCGGCUUGGCGGUGGGGAAGCGCCUGGAGGUAGGCAGAAAAUAAAUGAAGAGUAAUAUAGUAGUAUAGUAUUAAAAUAUACUAUGCUAUUAAAAGUCAAUUUAUUAACUUGUUUAUUAACUUCUUUAACUGUAAUAUGAAAAGUCAGUGCUAAUUUUGACAGUCAUUUCAUUUUUGGCCACUUAGCUGGCAGUGUUUUGCAUCAACCAGAGCAUCAAUAUUAGGUUUGAUAUCCUGAGACAAAACCAAUCUCAGUGUUACUUUCAAAUGUUCACCAGUGAGCCUUAACCUUAACACAGAUUUGUUAAUCUUCAUGGAAGAGAAAAACUGUUCACAUAUAUAUGUACUUCCAAACAUUGCCAUUAUCCUUGCGGAAGCAGAGAAUAACAUGGGAAAUCUUUCUUGUGAAAGAAACCUAUAGAAUUCUGGAAUUCCAACAUCUGUAUACUUCUGGUUCAAAUGGUGUCAUACUGAAGCUCCACUAACUCCAUCUGCAUUUCUUCUGCAACAUAGUCAAUUUCAUCAGCAACUGGUGUGGAAAAAAGUUGAAAAUGUGGUUCAAGUGCCUUGAAAUCUUUAAACCGCACAUCAAACUGUUUAUGUAAGUUAGAAAUGAUCUCUGCAUAUUCUUUCAAGGAUUUGGGUUCAACUUUUCCUAAGGGCCUGGUCUACACUACGAGUUUAGGUCGACUUUAGCAGCGUUAAAUCGAAUUAAGCCUGGACACGUUCACACGACGAAGCCCUUUCUUUCGACUUAAGGAGCCCUUUAAACCGGUUUCUUUACUCCACCUCCGACGAGGGGAUUAGCGAUAAAAUCGGCCUCAGCGGGUCGGAAUUGGGGUAGUGUGGACGGAAUUCGACGUUAUUGGCCUCCGGGAGCUAUCCCACAGCGCUUCAUUGUGACCGCUCUGGACAGCACUCUCAACUCAGAUGCACUGACCAGUAGACAGGAAAAGCCCCGCGAACGUUUGAAUUUCAUUUCCUGUUUGCCCAGCGUGGAGAGCACAGGUGACCCCACAGAGCUCAUCAGCACAGGUAACCGUGAUGGAGUCCCAGGAUCGCAAAAGAGCUCCAGCAUGGACCGAACGGGCGGUACAGGAUCUGCUCGCCAUAUGGGGAGAUGAAUCAGUGCUAGCUGAACUCCGUAGCAGUAAAAGAAAUGGCAAAAUAUUAGAAAAGGUCUCCAAGGCCAUGAAGGACAGAGGCCAUAACAGGGACGCACAGCAGUGUCGCGUGAAAAUUAAGGAGCUAAGGCAAGCCUACCACAAAGCCAGAGAGGCAAACGGAAGGUCCGGGGCACAGCCGCAAACAUGCCGCUUUUACGCGGAGCUGCAUGCCAUGCUAGGGGGUGCAGCCUCCACUACCCCAACCGUGUGCUCUGACUCCUUCACUGGAGAAACACACAGGGAAGAGGGUUCGGGGUACGAGGAAGAGGAGGAUGAAGAUAAUGUGGAUAGCUCACAGCAGCAAGGAAGCGGAGAAACCGGUUUCCCCAACAGCCAGGAUAUGUUUAUCACCCUGAACCUGGAGCCAGUAACCCCCGAACUCACCCAAGGCGUGCUCCCAGACCCUGAGGGCACACAGGGGACCUCUGCUGCAAAUGUUUCUCCUUCACAGAGGCUAGUGAAGAUUAGAAGGAGAAAACGGCGGACUCGGGAUGACAUGUUCACGGAGCUCCAGAUGUCCUCCCACGCUGAAAGAGCACAGCAGAAUGCGUGGAGGCAGUCAAUGUCAGACUACAGAAAAGCACAGUAUGAACGAGAGGAGAGGUGACGGGCUGAAUCGCGGGAUGAACAGAGCAAGUGGCGGGCUGAAGAUGAUAGGUGGUGUCAGCUUGCAGACAGAAGGCAAGAGUCGAUGCUCCGGCUGCUGGAGCAUCAAACUGAUAUGCUCCAGCGUAUGGUUGAGCUGCAGGAAAGGCAGCAGGAGCAGAGACCGCCGCUACAGCCCCUGUGUAACCAACAGCCCUCCUCCCCAAGUUCCAUAGCCUCCUCACCCAGAUGCCCAAGAACACAGUGGGGGGGCCUCCGGCCACCCAGUCACUCCACCCCAGAUGAUUGCCCAAGCAUCAGAAGGCUGGCCUUCAAUAAGAGUUAAAGUUUUAAACUGCAGUGUGUCCUUGUCCUUCCCUCCUCCCCCACCCAUCCCGGGCUACCUUGGCAAUUAUCCCCCUAGUUGUGUGAUGAAUUAAUAAAGAAUGCAUGAAUGUG